AGAGCGCCUGUCUCACUUCCGCCAGCCCUCCGCUAGAUCCCUGCAGCGUCUAUUUCCGGGUGCGGAUUCUGUCGUGAAGACGAGAUUUCCCAUCAAACGUGGCGUCGUGGGCCCUUCGCGCCUAGCCUAGGGUCAGCGAGCAAGGACAGGCGCGGGCGGGGGUACUUUGCAGCUAACGACUGGAGCCGGUUCUCGUGUCCCAGGCCCGUUCUGGUACCUCCGAUUCCUCAGAGCCGGCUGGCUUUUCAGCCCUCACGAUAAGAGGGGUAGCUGUUUUUCAGUUCCAGAAGACAGCGCCCCUUGGCCCAUGCCUGUUCCCCAAAGUCACUAUCAGACCUGUGGGGUGCAGCAUUUGACACGUCAUUCCUAACUUCACUGAGAUUUCUUGCCUCCGAGUUCAAAGGUCUUUCUGCCUCAGUUGAAUUACACCUGUAAAACUGAGUUGAAGAUUCGGGUUUCAUGCAAAAAGAUCACCUUUAAGACAGCGCUCAUUUGACACCCCCCAAAGCGCAUGCUCACUAGCGAGUUUGUGGGAAAAGUGAAAUCUAGCACACACAUAAUACUAUGGCUGAGUACGGGGCUCAUAUCACAACUGCUUCUGUAGCAGAUGACCAGCCAUCCAUCUUUGAGGUGGUAGCACAAGACAGUUUAAUGACAGCUGUGAGGCCUGCUCUUCAGCAUGUAGUCAAGGUUCUUGCAGAAUCAAAUCCUGCCCACUGGGGCUUCUUUUGGAGGUGGUUUGAUGAAAUCUUUACUCUGCUAGAUCUUCUGCUUCAGCAGCAUUAUCUGUCCAAAACCAGUGCCUCAUUUUCCGAAAACUUCUAUGGCUUAAAGCGUAUUGUAAUGGGGGACUCUCAUAAGGUUCAGACAUUGGCCAGUGCUGGUCUCCCCAGGAAGCACCUCUGGAAAUCAAUUAUGUUCCUGGUUCUUCUUCCCUAUCUGAAAGUGAAGCUGGAGAAGCUGGUUUCUAGCUUGCGAGAAGAGGACGAAUAUUCUAUUCAUCCUCCUUCUUCCCACUGGAAGCGAUUUUACAGAGCCUUCCUGGCAGCCUACCCAUUUGUUAACAUGGCCUGGGAAGGCUGGUUUCUGGUACAGCAGCUCCAAUACAUUCUAGGAAAAGCUCAGCACCACUCACCCUUACUGAGGCUGGCUGGAGUUCGACUAGGUCGGCUGACAGUUCAAGAUAUACAAGCUCUGGAGCAGAGACCGCGAGCCAGUGUGAUGCAGCAGCCAGCCAGGAGUAUUAGUGAGAAGAUAAAGUCAGCUCUGAAGAAAGGUCUGGGAGGUGUUGCCCUGUCCCUCUCUACUGGCCUUUCUGUGGGUGUCUUCUUCCUACAGUUCCUUGAUUGGUGGUACUCAUCUGAAAAUCAAGAAACCAUCAAGUCACUGACUGCCCUGCCUACUCCACCACCACCUAUACACCUAGAUUACAACUCUGAUUCUCCUCUGUUACCCAAAAUGAAAACUGUGUGCCCAUUGUGUCGGAAAACCCGGGUGAAUGAUACUGUUCUUGCCACCUCUGGUUAUGUGUUUUGUUAUCGUUGUGUGUUUAAUUAUGUGAGGAGUCACCAAGCUUGUCCCAUCACAGGUUAUCCAACAGAAGUACAACAUCUUAUUAAACUCUACUCCCCUGAGAACUGAAA